AUGUCGUUAAAAAACCCAGAAAAACCGGUCACCCCCUCUAUAACCGUUCAACAAUGCAUCGAAAACCUUCGUGCGUAUAAGCCACCACCUGAUAAAUUUAUCUAUAAAAAUCGUGCUGCUGUAUUAAUACCGUUGAUAAUUAAUCCUAUUACCGGGGACCUCGAUGUGCUUUUCAUAAAACGUGCCGACAAUUUGAAAAGUUUUCCGGGUGAAGCUGCAUUCCCAGGAGGACGCAUUGACCCCACGGACGAAAAUUUAUAUAUUACAGCGACAAGAGAGGCUGAAGAAGAAAUUGGUCUAAAACGUUCAGAUAUUGAGCUGCUCUGUCAAUUCCCACCUCUACUAACAAGCAAUUUUCUCCUCGUCUCAUCAUUCGUCGCGUUAAUAAAAAACCCAGCAGAAUUCAAACCAACCCUCAAUCCGCAAGAAGUCUCCCAAAUUUUCAUGGUUCCACUACGUCUUUUUAUAUCCAGAGAGAUACAUGACCAUAAAGAUGUUGAUUGGGGAGGACAACCGUAUCGAAUACACAUAUUCAGAUGGCAAAGUUGGACUAUAUUGGGUUUGACUUCUCAUUUGAUGAAUAGCGUUGUUAAAGUAGCGUAUCGUUUGAGUGAGUUGCCGUGGACAGAAUAUGCCCCUAAUCAACUUGAAGAUAGUCUUCUGAUAUUAGCUCUUAGACCGGAGAUUAAGUUGAUCUCAGAAUCUAAUAUUUGA